GUUCGGCCCCGCCCCUCUAGGAGCCCCGCCCCCUAACAGUCCCCGCCCCUUUCGUGGCACGGGCCGCUUCCUGACGCGAUUCCCCUCCCCCUCCGGGUUCGCACAGGGAGUCCAGACCCGGGCCGCCACCGUCACCUCGGCCGCUGCGGCCGCCAUCGCCUUGUUCCCCCGCCUCUCACCAUGGCCGAGGAGCUCUCUGCGGCCACGUCCUACACCGAAGAUGAUUUCUACUGCCCCGUCUGUCAGGAAGUGCUCAAGACACCCGUGCGGACCGCGGCCUGUCAGCACGUUUUCUGUAGAAAAUGUUUCCUGACCGCAAUGAGAGAAAGUGGAGUACAUUGUCCCCUGUGUCGUGGAAAUGUGACUAGAAGAGAGAGAGCAUGUCCUGAACGAGCCUUAGACCUUGAAGAUAUCAUGAGGAAAUUUUCUGGUAGCUGCAGAUGCUGUGCCAAACAGAUUAAAUUCUAUCGCAUGAGACAUCAUUACAAAUCUUGUAAGAAGUAUCAGGAUGAAUAUGGCGUUUCUUCUGUCAUUCCAAACUUUCAGAUCUCUCAAGAUUCAGUAGGGAACAGUUCUGGGCAUCCCACCUUUAAGUGUCCCCUGUGUCAAGAAUCAAAUUUUACCAGACAGCGUUUACUGGAUCACUGUAACAGUAAUCACCUAUUUCAGAUAGUUCCUGUGAAUCUUCAGCUAGAUGAGGAAACCCAAUAUCAAACUGCUGUUGAAGAAUCUUUUCAAGUAAACAUCUGAAGGCUGUAGACAUCUCCACAUCUUUGUACCUGCAAGUGCCAUCUUUAAGGGGAAAACUACAAGAAAUCACUGUUUCAACAACUUGA